AUGGCUCGUCAACGCAAAGAAAAGUCCAUCAAGGAUAUCAAACUCGAGCAGCCCGAUCGCACUGGCCCAAACAAGGAGACCCUUGUUGAUUUCGCAAAGGGUCGUGAUCUCUUUGCUGAAGCCGAUCGUCGACAGCGCGAGCUCGAUAGCGAAGGACCCCUCUUGUCGCCUCGCACAGAACGUAUCUUUGAAACCCUACUAUGGACUGGCAUUAUCGCUACCCUUCAUUUUACGUUUGACGUACUUGUGCAGCGACAGUAUGCUAUGGACCUUGAUUGGUUUCUGAUAAUCCAGCGAACUUUCACAGCUUGGCUCUUGUUCAUUGUUUUGUUCUACGUCCUCCAUCCGCACUAUUCUCAAAAGCAGUUUAUUCCUUUCGUCCCCGAAGCGUACCAGGAGCCUAUUCGUCAAGCCAUCUUCUUUAUUGCAAGCACAUUAGGCGGCUGCUACCUCAUCUACAUCAGCAACAAUUACAGUUACAUAGCUGUCAUGAAGCAAGCCCCUCCUGUAGGUUGCCUAUGGGUUUGGGCUGUUGUCGAGAUGGACAUUCUUUGGGCCUUCCCCAGUCUUUGCAUUGCCGUCGCAUACGCCUACAAGAAUGGGUACGGAUUCAAAUAG